AAAAUCAUCAUUUUUCGUGGAGUUGCAUGCACAGGUUGCAUGGUUGCAGCUGUAUGUAUAUCACAGACCAGUUAUUGCUGUGUAUUUUUACUCAUUCAGCUGCAGAAGGAAGUACCUACCGACAAAAUGCCGAAAAAAACAACAAAAAACUCAUUCUACUUUUUCAUGGUUGAUUUUAAAGAACAGCAAAGGAAAAAAGGGAUCAACUAUGCAAACAUGAACGAAGUGGGGUCGGCCGCGGGACCUGUGUGGGAAGCUGCACCACCUGCAGUUCGCGCGAAAUUCGAGGCCAUAGCAAAAAAGGAAAAACAAAAAUAUAACAUUCCAGAAUGCAAAUAUACAUCUCAAGGAGUCUCCCUCGCACAAAUUGAUCGCGAAGCAGAAGAACUUCAACGAGCCAUUGAAGAUGAACAGAAAGACAUCAAGAAUAUGGUGACCAAGAAAGGCCUUGAUUGUCCUGCUCUCGAUCUGCACAUAUUUGUGAUGGACGUCAACUGCUACUGCAAGGCGAGCAGGGACUAUGUCGUUGGGGAAACUGCGCUGAUGCAGUUCAACAUAAGAAAUGGCAUUCAAGAAGCCUAUCAUACAAUAAUUAAUCCUGGUAACAUUCCAAUAGGAUAUGCUUCGGAUGUGAAGUAUGGAAGCGUAGAACUAGGACUUGACAUGCCCGAUGAAUCGAAAGAGCGGACGGAUUAUAUCAGUGUGCUGGCGAAUACCAUAGACUAUUUGAAAAAAAACAUCGACAAAAACGAUAGGAUACCGGCAUUGUUCACGAUGCCCGACAAGGUCGCGCCCUUGACCAACUUCCUCCAGCAGAUGUGCCGGCGAGCAGGCGAAGACGAUACAAUAUUCCGUGUAUACCAACUAGACAGGUUGUUCUAUACAAUGGUCAACUUUGUACGGUUGAGUGAGGAUGCCGGCUUCCCCAAGGAGUCACUUGCCUUGAACCAACUGAAGAAAGACCCUUUCAAGUACAACCCCGGCCUCGCCUGCCAGCACCACGAGGUAAACGACAAGGCAGUGGAGUGCUGCCUGUCCCGCGUGAGGCGCUGGGCAUACACCUUCCUCGACACGGCCUGCCCCGCGGCCGGCAUCGUCGCGUUGCCGGGCAAACACUUGCCUGCUGAUUUCGACAUCGAGCAAACACAGAUUUUCCAAGAGCAAAAGAAAACCAGACUCCCGCCGUCUGUUUGGAGGGAGCCAAACUCGUGCGACGCAUCUCCUAAUACCUCUUUUAACCUGCCUGUUGAGCCUAGCACUUCAAAGGUAGUUAAGCGAGUCCAUGUACCACUGAGAAGGCCGAAAUCUAAUUUCCCGGAUCCCAGCUGCGCAGAAGUUCCAGAACUGACUGAUUUGGAUUUCCCGCACUUGUCCCGAGUGUCCCGAGGACCCGCCAACGUGGAAAACACCUUUAACAAGCUCAAUAUUAAUGAAUAAUUUGAUCACUAUAUAAACUAAACUAGUCACACAAAAAUCGUUUAUCUACUAAUUACUACAGGGUUAUAGGCUAUUACUUUUUAAGUGUUACUUUUAAGGUGGUAGCUCAAUUACACGACACCGCUCCCGCAUGGUAAAGAAUGACAAUCAAAUAUAGGCUUUCAAAGUCGUACUUCCCAACGAGUCGAAAUGUUCACUCGUUUUGGCGUGACUCGUUGGGAAUCCAUCUUUUAUAGUGACAAUACAAUUGCAAACAACGCGCAGCAAGCGAGCUUGCCGUGAUCCAGCCACUGGAUGGCUGACGUCUCUUACCACCUGCUUCGAGUGGCCCACGCGUCUUCAGCGUGCGGGCCACUCGAGCAAGUUGUAACCCUCCGUCCACACAGUGCUCUACUCGCGCAAUUAAUCGCGACGUCGCUUGUUUUUGCAACGUGUUGGACGUCGAAACUGUGCGCUAUUGCAUACUUACCGACACAAUAGGGAGCGAUGGGCGUGAACGAGGAACAUGCGAGUAACGCGUCCACACUACGUUUCUGCCUCCGUUCCUCGCUCCUUCUCAUGCCACACGGGCAGUGUGUGGACGCCGUACUGUUAACUGUCAUCGCGUGGACACCAAGCUUUCUGCUAGCUGUCGGCGCGUGGACAACUAGCAGUCACUUCGAUGCCGUGCGUGUGUUGUGUGGGAACGGUGUCGUGUAAAUGAGUUACAAUAAAGGUUUAUUCUGUAGUUACUCUUAUACUGUAGUCUUAAACUCAAAGUCCAGCCCUAACUUGCAUAUAAGUACUAUCGUAUUGAUCUAACUUUAAGCAAAAAUAAAUAUUAUAGUUGACAGUUUCAUUUCCGUUCAGUAUUAUUUCAUACACCAUACGAUUUCUCGUUUCGAUUAAAAUUUAUCGACAUCGUAUAAUUGACGAUCAUUAUGAGAAAUAUAACGAAGCUACGCAAGAAGUAUUUGACGACUUAAGUUCACAAUCAGUCUUAAAUAAUGACAAAAGCCAAUUUACAAAACAAAAAAAAGAUUAAUACUAGAUCUUUUCAAAAUGAUUCAUCUGAAAAUAUUGAUUCUGAAGAAAAAAAAUCUCUGAAUUUGUUUCCAAUUUAACGUGUUCCUACUAUCUUUGCCACUACUAUCCUGUGCGCUUCAAACUGGAAUUGUGAAUAUUUACUGCGGUAAAUGAGACUGUCAAAUCGUAUCUGACGUACAAAUGUCGUCACGUGUAAAGGUUCUUGUAUAAUUAUAUUUUACUUAUAAACUGUACCUGUUUUUAUUACGCCCGCUCUGCACUCUGGAACGACCGUCCAUUUCGAUUCUCUAACGAUUGAAGAGCCGGCUUUAUAAUGUAAGGUUAACGUUAAUAUACUUAGUGCGCGAUGGGUUGAGAUGGCAAGCAGGGGAGCUCGGGUGACGUUGCUGGUUUGCGGGGCUUCCCCAGCCUCAUGUUUCUAUUGCCAUGUCAACCUGUCGCGUACUAUACUUAACGAGUUGAAAUCUGAAAGAAUUCUCAAUUUUGUUCCGAAAAAACUCUUUUGUACUUUUUGCAUUUAGUCUAUGUAAGUUAUGGGGCAAGCGACGGGUCUGCCCGCGAAAUUCUAAUUUUACUUCGUUUUUCGCAAUUUGUAAACUAAUACGACAACGUAGGCUUAUGGCACUUUAAUUGCGGCAAUGGCUGUAUCAU